AUGAAUUCCUAUUUCACUAACCCGUCCUUAUCGUGCCAUCUCGCCGGGGGUCAGGACGUUCUCCCCAACGUCGCCCUCAAUUCCACCGCCUAUGAUCCAGUGAGACAUUUCUCGACCUAUGGAGCGGCGGUGGCACAGAACCGGAUCUACUCGUCUCCCUUUUAUUCGCCACAAGAGAAUGUCGUGUUCAGUUCGAGCCGGGGGCCGUAUGACUAUGGAUCUAAUUCCUUUUACCAGGAAAAAGACAUGCUCUCAAAUUGCAGGCAGAACACCUUAGCACACAACACACAGACCUCAAUGGCCCAGGACUUUAGCUCUGAGCAAAGCAGGACUGCUCCCCAAGACCAGAAAACCAGUAUCCAGAUCUACCCCUGGAUGCAGCGAAUGAAUUCGCACAGUGGGGUCGGCUAUGGGGCGGACAGGAGACGCGGCCGGCAGAUCUACUCUCGAUACCAGACCUUGGAGCUGGAAAAAGAAUUUCACUUCAACCGUUACCUAACCCGGCGCCGGCGGAUCGAGAUCGCCAAUGCGCUCUGCCUGACCGAGAGACAGAUCAAAAUUUGGUUCCAGAACCGCCGGAUGAAAUGGAAAAAGGAAUCUAAUCUCACUUCCACGCUGUCGGGGGGCGGCGGAGGGGCCGCGGCCGACAGCCUAGGCGGCAAGGAGGAGAAGCGGGAAGAGACAGAAGAAGAAAAACAGAAAGAGUGAAAACUGUCUCGCCUCCCCCCCACCUUCCCCCACUACCCAGUUCACUCCUCUUCCUCCCUAGACCUUCUGCUCCCCGCCUUUCUCACAUACCCUGUAUUUAUCACUGGCACAAUUUAUAUUUUGACUCCCUCAGGAAGAAUAGGGAGUCAAAUGUGGACCUUCAAGUCAGAUCUCGCCCCUGCUCCCUCUCCCCAAACACCCCCUGCUCCCUCCCUCUCUCCCUUUCUUUCUUCGGCCUCCUCUCCCUUUACCUCCCUGAUCCCGCCGGCCUUGGGGGCCUAGGUCUCUGAACCUCGAUUCGGAUACCAUUGGGCUCACUUUGAAUAAGGACUGGAUCCUCCUCCCUCCUCCACCCCAAGCCCCACUCUAGGGCCCAGCAGCAAAGAGCCGACCCACAAGGCGCCUAUUUCCCAUUCAGCCUCCCCAGGGGCGAGAAGGGCUCUAAAGCCGAGUGAGUCAGCGAGGCCCUACUUAGCGACACUGCUAAAGGGUCUAAAACAACCCAUGGGGCUGUUGGAGUGGGCAGGAAGCUUCCCCCCUCUUUCAACCCCUGCUGGUCCCAGUUCCAAUCCCAGUACCCCAGCUCAGUCCCCCCGAAGCUCCGACAUAUUUUCCAGCAUAGCCCAAUCGUAUUUAAAGAAUCCUCGGGGGUCAUUAUGGCAUAUAACAAACUGUGACAGUUUCUGUGUGAAUAUUUUUAGCUGUAUUUGUGGUCUCUGUAUUUAUAUUUAUGUUUAGCGCCGUCAAUGUUCCAAUCCCAAAUUUAAAAAGAAAAGGGGUGGGGGGUGGGAAACUGAAAGGAAACAAUAUGAAUGAAGUUUGUUUAGCCAGUAGGAAAAAAAGAGAAAAAAUACAAAAAAGAAAAAAUGCCCCUUGUGUUACCCUCCUGUAUAAAUCC